CUUAAAGAUCUUUUUAAUCAUUUGUGUCACCCCUGAGGUAAAUCAGAAUCGCUGACUUGGCCCGGCUGGGUGAUACAAGCGUGGGGUGGGAUAGUACGGCAGGCCUGGUUUCACCUCCCGGACCACCGACCAAGCUGGACAUGCCCAUAAUCCUAGCUAACUGGGAGGCUAAGAAGAGUCUCCCACCAGCCAGAACCUGCCAGAGACACUUAACUUUUUAGAAAUACUCUUCCUCUUUCCUCCUCCCUCCCACCCAUCCUCUCUCUCUCUAUUUUAUUAGGGGGAAGAAAGAGUCUGUGACUCAAAGUGACGUUUACAUAGAGGAAGUCAUCUAGAAUACUGGAUCUCAAACUUCGUCAGGUGACAGAGCACCUGGUGUGGAACUUAAAACACAGAUACUUUGAGCUUUGAUCAAGCAAAUGCUGCAAAGCCACGUAAAGAAGAUCUCUAACAGGCAUUUCUCGACAACUAUAUAGUCAACUGAUGUAACAAUGGUACUAAUACUGGGACGCAGACUGAACAGAGAGGAUCUCGGGGUGCGUGAUUCCCCAGCAACUAAGCGCAAAGUUUUUGAAAUGGACCCCAAAUCUCUGACAGGCCGUGAGUUUUUCGACUUCUCUUCAGGAUCAUCCCAUGCUGAAAACAUACUGCAGAUAUUUAAUGAAUUCCGAGACAGCCGCUUAUUCACAGAUGUUAUCAUUUGUGUGGAAGGAAGAGAAUUCCCCUGCCAUCGAGCUGUGCUUUCGGCGUGCAGUAGCUACUUCAGAGCUAUGUUUUGCAACGACCACAGGGAAAGCCGAGAAAUGCUGGUCGAGAUCAAUGGGAUCUUAGCUGAAGCCAUGGAGUGCUUUCUGCAGUAUGUCUAUACUGGGAAGGUGAAGAUCACCACAGAGAAUGUACAGUAUCUCUUUGAAACAUCAAGCCUCUUUCAGAUCAGUGUUCUUCGGGAUGCGUGUGCCAAGUUCUUGGAGGAGCAGCUUGACCCUUGUAAUUGCUUGGGAAUCCAGCGCUUUGCUGAUACCCAUUCACUCAAAACACUCUUCACAAAAUGCAAAACUUUUGCAUUACAGACUUUUGAGGAUGUGUCCCAGCAUGAAGAAUUUCUUGAGCUUGAUAAAGAUGAACUUAUCGAUUAUAUUUGCAGUGACGAACUUGUUAUUGGUAAAGAGGAGAUGGUUUUUGAAGCCGUCAUGCGUUGGGUCUAUCGUGCUGUGGAUCUGCGAAGACCACUGUUACAUGAGCUCCUGACACAUGUGAGACUCCCUCUGUUGCAUCCCAACUAUUUUGUUCAAACAGUUGAGGUGGACCAAUUGAUCCAGAAUUCUCCUGAGUGUUACCAGUUGUUACAUGAAGCAAGACGGUACCACAUUCUUGGGAAUGAAAUGAUGUCCCCAAGGACUAGGCCACGCAGGUCCACUGGCUAUUCCGAGGUGAUAGUCGUCGUUGGAGGCUGUGAGCGCGUUGGCGGAUUCAAUCUUCCAUACACUGAGUGCUAUGACCCGGUAACGGGAGAGUGGAAGUCUUUGGCUAAGCUUCCAGAAUUUACCAAGUCAGAGUAUGCGGUCUGUGCUCUAAGGAAUGACAUCCUUGUCUCAGGUGGAAGAAUCAACAGCCGUGACGUCUGGAUUUAUAACUCACAGCUAAACAUCUGGAUCCGAGUUGCCUCUCUAAAUAAAGGCAGGUGGCGUCACAAGAUGGCUGUCCUCCUUGGUAAAGUAUAUGUCGUUGGAGGCUAUGAUGGGCAAAACAGACUUAGCAGCGUGGAGUGUUAUGAUUCCUUUUCAAACCGAUGGACUGAAGUUGCCCCCCUUAAGGAAGCAGUGAGUUCUCCUGCAGUGACGAGCUGUGUAGGCAAACUGUUUGUGAUUGGUGGAGGACCGGAUGACAAUACUUGUUCUGAUAAGGUUCAGUCUUACGAUCCAGAAGCCAAUUCCUGGCUCCUCCGCGCAGCUAUCCCGAUCGCCAAGAGGUGCAUAACUGCCGUGUCCUUGAACAACUUGGUCUACGUCGCCGGUGGGCUGACCAAGGCCAUCUACUGCUACGACCCAGUCGAAGACUACUGGAUGCACGUGCAGAACACAUUCAGCCGACAGGAAAACUGUGGUAUGUCUAUAUGUAAUGGUAAAAUAUACAUUCUGGGUGGAAGACGGGAGAACGGAGAAGCCACAGACACGAUCCUGUGUUACGACCCUGCGACAGGGAUCGUCACGGGGGUGGCCGCGAUGCCCCGGCCAGUGUCCUACCACGGCUGCGUGACCAUCCACAGGUACAACGAGAAGUGCUUUAAGCUCUGACCAGGACACCUCACCCGAGGAGCCACACUCCAGGGUGGGAACUUGACAUAUCUCCUUUGUGCCAUAUGCAAAAACAGAAGAAAAAGGAAAAAUAGUAACUGUGGUGCCUUUCACCCUAAAAUAUCAGCCUUUCAAACUGUAAUAAAUCCUUUCCUGUAAUUGAAAAAGAAACGUUUUGUUAAGGAAGUGGUUGUUGCUUGGCCUUUGAGAGUGUACCUGUGUAAGAGUUUGUAAGAUGCCUCUGUGGCGUAGGAAACAGUGUCUCAUCUGCACACCUUUUAGGAAUUGUGAGUGGUCUUCUUUUAUGUAUGUUUAUAUGCAAGAUUGUAUAGUCCUCAUUUUGUGAUAUACGUAGAGAAAAUUGCCUGACCGCAGCUUUGUUUAGGUUGAAUCACAUAAUGCCUAGAAUGCAUGGUGAAGGGGGGAAAAAUCAGCUUAAAAAAAAAUCUUUGUUGUGGACAAAGUAAUUUUAUUGAAAGGUUCUUUUUUCUGUAAUUGAUAAAAAUAUAAUGUCAACAAUUCAAAUAUAAAAGAUUCGAUUAUUGUGACUUUAGAAUUGCAUUGUUAUAUUAAACAUUGUGUUUUUUUGGGGGGGUGGGUUGGUUAGGUAGGAGAUAAAAGUAAGGUCCCCUAAAAGGGGUAUUAAAACAGGCUAAUGUCUAAGAAAAAAUUAAAUCACUAUUGCAGGAAAAACGACCCAUCAUCACUCUUGUAGUAUUUAAGCCGCAUCUUGUAAGGAGUCUAAGUCUGUUGACUUACUGUCUUGUGAAAAGCAGGAAGGGGUUUUCUCCCUAGCCCCCUUGGGUUGCACCUCACCAGUCACUAGUAAGGUGCUUUGGGCGAGGACCACAUCCCUGACUACCUACUUUCAUGCAAACAGCUAAAAAUCCUGAGUCUGCUGUUGAGGUGACUGGUAGGAUAAAGCAGGGACCACCUAUCCCCGUGGGUCCAUUUUGCUUUUAAAUUUAGCUAUCUGAAAACACUUAUAGUAGUUCUAGUCUUCUAAGACAGAUCUUUCAUUUGGUACCCAUUGUGUCAAAUAGUGAUCAGCAUUUCCUAGCUUCUGUAUAGCAGAUUGCUUUUGCCUAGAUUUCUCCACUCCAGUUUACAAAGCUUCCCGGUUCCCACUGAGGGCAGAAAGGUAAAGCUCUCUCAGAGGGCAGAUAAUGGCUGCGGCAGGCACCGCAGCACGGGGCGAUCGUGGUGCCUGUGUGGACGGUUUCCCACAGCCUGCGUGUGUUCCAGCUGCCUGCUAUCUGGACUUCCCGGUUACUACUGGCUCCCACAGGAUCGCACGUUCCUGUGCCAGGAGAGAUGGUGCCGGUGCGUGGCUGCAGUGCUGCCAGGUCUCUGCUUGAACCAAGACGGUGAUCAAACUCCUAACCUGGGGGGCCGCAGGGGGCACGGUGGUUAAGGGUGCUGCACUCCCACGUGGCCGACUGGUUCAAGUCCCGGACCUUUCUCACUUUCUCUCUCCCUCCCUCCUUCUAUGGUCAAAUUUAAAUAAAUAAAGUUAAAUAAAAUCAUUCUUCAAAAAAAAAACCUUACCUUGGUAAAAUACCUUUUUUCCCUCAACUUAGAACAAUACAGAGAUUUCAGAAUGACAUAUUUGAAAUUUUAAUGCUUAGCUAAAUCCAAAUUCUAAAGAAAGCUCUACAAAAUUUACAGCAUUUUAGGGAAUUUUUAUUUUCCAGAUCAUAAUUUCAAAAUCAUAUAUACCUUUUCGUGAUAACUAUCAGAGCAGUUUAGAAAACUAUUUCAGCUAUUUUAGUUGAAAGAGUUGUAAGUACAGUUGGGAUAAUCGUGCUGUAAUUUCAGACACUUCUGAAUUACACGUUUGCAGAUAAUAGGGCCUAUUUAGUUCAGAUAAUGUGUGUGGAAAACAUGUUUGAUAAAUGCUGAAGAUAUACAAAUGGUCAUUGUAUUUUCAUAUGCAUUUGCAGGAUCAUAUCCAUUGGUAAAUACAGACUUCACAUAAAAAGACUUUCUUAAGAUAACUUUGUAGUCUAGUAUUUUUGUCUAUUUUAAAAGUAUUAACUAGUGUGUUUUGUUGCACGUUUCUUUUUAAUAUCUCUGUGUCUAUUUUAGCAAAUUUGAAGUGAAAUCCUAAAAACUAAAAACUGAAUUUAUUUAAACACAGACCUCAUACCAAUAUCGUUUGAUUUUUUUCUCUAUAUAAUUUAAAACUGCAUAAAUUAAGUAGUUGUGACUUAUGGCGAAGGCCCUCAGGAAUUUAACUUGAAUCCUAGAAAACUGAAAUAACUAUUUUUAAAGUUACCAACUGGUAUUUUAAUUUCCUUUCAUUAUUUAUCUUCCUUACUAAUUUUUGGAGAUAAUGGAUGUUAGCCUUGAUAAAAUAAAAAAGAAUCUUAGGGCAUAAUCAAAGGACUAUAUCAACCACAUUAGCAUCAGAUUAUAUUCAUUCUGUCACACAUGCCUGACUGUUGACGCUCAUGUGAGUCUGGGUUAGUGUGUGUAUGUGUGUGUGUAUACGUAGAUAGAUACGAUGACUGUAUACACACAUCCAUACAGACACACACUAGUGAUUUUAGCAGUUUGUGAUGAUCAGAAAAUGCACAUAAAGUAAAAAUCCAUUGACCAUAUUCAACUCAAAUCCGGAAGAUCCUUCUAUUUGGGCAUUUUAAAGUACUUUUUUACAUUCGGGAGUCCAUGAUGAGUAUUAGCAAGGACGACUUGCAUGCAGUCAGAAGCCAUGGAGUGCAUCUGGUUUACAGGGUGAGAAACACACUGCAGGUGGACAUGAGUUCGUAAACCUGUUGGAAAGGGAAUUCAGAGGUAUGUUUUGUGGAUCAACAAAGUAUAGUUUUUUGUCUUCCAGGUUUGUUUGUUUUUUUUUUUUCAUGAAGUUUAUCCUUUUCUGUGUUUUCCUUUCCGUGAGUGAGCUACAAAGUGACUUAAUUUUUACAACGGAAGAACUUCUCUGCUCUACUCUUCCCCUAACUUCACUGAAGGGUGUGAAAGCGGUGGCCUGCUGGGUCUUCAGUAACCUUCUUUUCCUAGAUGCCUGAAAUAUAGGUAGUUAGACUCCAUGUAAACCAGGUGUAAUGAUGUAAAUACUCAGGGAGGGUCUUAACUUGUCACUUUUGCCUAUCUGGGGUAUUUAAAGUGUCAUAAAUAACCUUAAAUUCGUGAUUCUAGAGCAGAUUUAAUUUGGUAAACGGGCUUCACACGUGGAGUUGGUUGAACAUUCAUUCUUUUACAUUUGGAAAGAUGAAAAUGUUGUGGACUGAUACAUUUUCUCUUAGUGAAUAUGAAUUGUUUCUGUAUGUCUACUGUCAAUACCCUUUUGAAACUCAGGAAAGACAAAGGUUUGAUGAUACUACUUUUGUCAAUACACAAACCAGGUGUGUGUGGGGUUUUUUUUUCCCUCCUGUUGUCUGGAUAUGACAAUAGACUUUUUUUUUAAAAAUUGCUGUGAGAACCAUACAUGAAAAGAGAGGAACUGAACUGUUCAUGUGUGCCUUGUCUGUCUUGAGAUUUCUAUGUGGAAAAGACACCUACACAUGUACUCAGACUAUUCUCAGAGAGGAGAUUGCUAUUUCUGUGGUGCCGAGUGAGAAGAUAAUGUCUCCUAAAGGCUUCCUGUGGACUGCCUUUGUUUUAUUAAACUCAAGACACCAGUUAACCUCAGCAUAAUUUUGGCCUUAUUAAGAAUUUGCUACUUGUAUAACCAGAAUUAUAUUGGAAGCCAGGUUUACAUCACCUCACUCCUUUUUUUUUUUUUAAAAUUAAUCAGUUCACCAUACCAAGUAACCAGAACGGGACAAUUCAGUUGAUGUUUAAGGCAGUAGGUUUGACUAGGUAGCUAUACUUACUGUCACGUCUAAUGCUAGGCACCAGAAACCACUUGAGCCAGGAUUGCAAAUUGCUAAUUCCAGAGACAUUUUCAACAUAAUUUAGACAUUUUAAAUGUUUUAUAUGAAUGUUUUACAUUGUGUGAUUGCCUUAGAUAUUAAAUUUACUUAGUGCUAAAGAUGAUCAUCAUAAAUACAUUUUUUUAAAAAGCAACCAACAGUCAUAACUUAUUUUAUAUAUUAUUCCAAAGAGUUUCUGUUGUAAUGUUUUCAAGAUAACUACAUUUGAAUUUGUUUAUGUGCCUUAAGUUCACUAGUGCUGUCUCAGCCUUUUCCAUCUAAAUAAAG